UUUUUUUGAAAAAAGAAAAAAUAAAAAAAAUUAUAAUAAAAGUUGAUAUAAAUAAAAUUAGUGCAGCUACUAGUGUAGGGUACUUGAUAGAGCUAAAGUUUUAGCUAUUCAAAUUUUUUGUUUAAUAAAAAAAAUAAAUUAUAAUAUCAAACGACAACAUGGAAGCGUACUCGGCGGAUUUGUUGUGGAUGGUCAUUAUUGGUUUUAUAAUUGCAUUCGUUUUGGCAUUUGGCAUUGGCGCUAAUGAUGUAGCAAACUCAUUUGGUACAAGUGUGGGUUCUGGCGUACUUACUAUACGCCAAGCAUGUCUACUAGCAACGAUAUGCGAAAUUUCUGGCGCAGUUUUGAUUGGUUAUAAGGUUUCGGAUACAAUGCGUAAAGGUAUACUUGAAGUAGGCCUAUAUGAAGGAUUUGAGGAGGAACUUAUGCUUGGUUGUGUCGCUGCUCUGGCAAGUAGCGCUAUAUGGUUGUUAGUUGCGACAUUUUUGAAAUUACCUAUUUCGGGUACGCAUAGUAUUGUUGGUUCAACAAUUGGUUUCUCUUUGGUUGCACGUGGAACACAAGGUCUUAAAUGGUCUACACUCGGUACUAUAGUCGGUUCUUGGUUCAUUUCUCCCGUUUUGAGUGGUUGUGUGAGCAUUUUGUUAUUUGUGCUUAUACGUAAGUUUAUAUUACGCGCAAAUGAUCCAUUGAAAGCUGGCUUUCGCUCAUUGCCAAUAUUCUAUGGAGUAACAUUUUUCAUAAAUGUUAUAAGUGUUGUAUUGGAUGGACCAAAAUUAUUGUAUAUGGAUAAUAUACCUACUUGGAUCGCUAUAAGUGUAAGUGUAGCAUUGGGACUGUUGGUUGCUUUAUUAACACAAUUAGUUGUGGUUCCGAUGCAAAAGCGAAAUAUUGCAAAACAAUUACGUGCAAAAAAUCCAGUUAAAUUCAAUUUUGAGGAUUCUGUUGAAUCUUCCCCGUCCGGUAGUCCCAAGAAAAAUAGACGGCCAUUAUCGCUUGUUAGCGAAGGUAAGCAAUUACCAGCAAUUGCCGAAAUAACUGAAUUAGUUUCUCUGACUGAUAAUUCUCCAAAAACAUUUAAACUUGCACCAUAUGGUAUGGCGAAAAAUGGCUUAAACGACAAUUAUAAAAUUAAUCCUGAUAUUAUAAGAAAAGCAGAAGAUUUGCUUGGUAAAGCUAGUUUGGAUAAUACCGAUUUAACUAUUACUAGUUUAAAUUUCAUUGAUGAACAAAAUCAAUAUGAACAUGGUAACAAUGGUUAUGGUUUGGUCACUACAACAACUUUAACAACUAAUGGUAAAGAAAACACUUUACAGAAACUACAAAAAGAACAACAACUACAAUCAUCUCUAUUUAAUGGCAAAAGUAUUGAAAAUAAAAAAGAGCUUCCAACCAAGCAAGAAAAAAAUGGCUGUGUAUCAAAUAACAACAUCACUGCCUUAGAACCAAAGGAUUCAAUUACAAAAAAAGAUUUAAAAGUUGUUGAAAGUGGCACUAGUCUUGAGAUGAUGAUUUCUUCAACGUUAUCACCAAAUUCAAGUAAAGUUCCUUUGAUUGAAAGUAAAGAAGCUAUAAAUGAACUUAAAAACUCCGCAACCAAUCAAAGUGAUGAGGAAACAGAAGAAGUAUCGAUGCUAUUCUCAUUUUUACAAGUUUUAACUGCUACUUUUGGAAGUUUCGCACAUGGAGGCAAUGAUGUGAGUAAUGCUAUUGGACCAUUGAUUGCUCUUUAUAUGAUAUACAGAGAGGGUUCUGUAAUGCAAAAAGCUGAAAGUCCCAUAUACAUAUUAAUAUAUGGUGGUAUUGGUAUUUCAGUUGGUCUUUGGCUUUGGGGCCGGCGCGUUAUUGAAACAAUUGGCAAUGACUUAACGAAAAUAACAUCAUCAACUGGUUUUACGAUUGAAGUUGGCGCUGCUAUAACUGUACUGCUUGCCAGUAAGAUUGGUUUACCAAUAUCGACUACACAUUGCAAAGUUGGUUCUGUUGUAUUUGUUGGACAUAUUAGUGGAUCUGGAAAGAAAGCAAAAAACAGCGAUGAUCGAAAAACUAAGCCUAACAAUGAUGUGUCUGUAGAAUGUGGUACAUCUGGUGUUUCGACUACAGGUGGCAGUAGUGAUAUACAGAUAACUUCAACGUCUCAGGAAAUGGAGCAUAAUAAUGGCGGAAAUAGUAGUGUGGAUUGGCAUUUGUUUAGAAAUAUAGCUUACGCUUGGAUUGUAACUGUGCCAGUUACUGCCAUUUUAAGUGCAGCUAUUAUGUUUGUACUUUGCAGCAUUGUUAUAGGAUAAAUUCGUAGGCAAAAUUUGCUGCCGAAUUGAUGUAUACUUUAGUAAAGAAAAGCAUUAAUAAUAUAAUAAAAUAUAUGAAAUGUACAAACUUAUUUAAAAGUUUGACAUAUUUAUUGAUUCCGUUCUGUUAAAUUCGAAAAAAAAAUCAAAUUUUUGUAUUGCAAACAAAUUAUUUAUUAUUAGUACUUAAAUUUUAAAAAUAUACAAUAUUAUAUUAAAUAAAAAUUAUAUGGUUAAAAUUAAAAAAAAAAAUAAUCAUAAAUAGAUCGUCGUUGUUUAUAAAUUUAAAGUAAUAAUUUAGAAGUCGUUAUGCAGCACAUAAGUAAAAGAUAUUACAAAGUUAAAAAUUAAAAUAAAAUAAAUAUGUUA